UGUGGGCUCCAGGGGUGCCAGUUUGCUCCCACUUUGUCACUGGGGUUGUGCAUGUGACACAGACCUCUCAUUUCUGAUGUAAAUUUAUCUGUCUCCUUUCUCCUGGUCUAGGGUGAAAGCAGAAAGGACAGGAACUUUGUCCCCUCUGAACACCAUAAGUGCAGGCAGCAGUGUUACCUGCCCCUAGCUGUGUCCCCAGCAGUGCAGAACUCGUUGCUCUCAUGGCUACUGCGGACCCUGUCCAGACCCCCGAGGAGGUGGCUCUGCUGGAGCUGGGGAAGGUGGCCCUGGACAAGGUGCCACCAGCCCCAGAUGAACACCUGGGGGACACUGAUGCCACCCUGCCAUGGGACCAGUGUCAGCACAACGCCCAAGGCCAGCCAGAGCCCGUGGAGACGAAGAGGCGCUCGAGUCCUGAGGGGGGCCAUGAAGACCCAGAGGAAGCUGUUCCCACCUGCCCCACAGUCGAGGCCGAAGAUGAGGACAUCCCCCGGCUGCCCGUGAUGGCAGCCCACGUCUUUGUGCCCAUCGACCCGCAGUGCAUCGAGCAAAGCCCCUUCAAGCAGAAGGAGCACCCGAACUCAUGGCCCCAGGAGGAGGGCAGGGGGGACCGUGUUCCCCCCAGUGACAGACCCAGUAGCCUCCACCACAAGCAGGUCUUCCUCCCCCUUGGCCCCUCGCGCUACCGGGACCCACUGAGCUUUGGGGGGCGCCUGGUCAAGCCCCCAGCUGAGGAGUCACGGUGCUCGUGUGCCAGGGACUGUGGCACUGAUAAUCUCAAGGCCGUGGCGUCGGUGGCAGGGGCCCUACUCCUCUGCCCUUGCCUCAUCUAUGGGGCCUACAUCUUCUUGCCCUUCGACGCCCCUCUGCUGCCCACCACCAGCACCCGCCUGGUCUACACAUUGCGCUGCGCCACCUUUGCCACCUUCCCCAUCGUGCUGGGAAUGAUCGUCAGUGGCAUCUCCCGCCUCUGCUCCUCUGCCCUGGAGCCCUUUGGAGAGCUCCACAGGGAGGUGGAGAUCCACCGCACUUACGUCUCCCAGUCUGUCCACCUUUUCAUCCUCUACUUCUUCAACAUGGCUGUGCUGGCCACCUACCUCCCACAGGAACUCCUCAAGCUCAUUCCACUGCUCACAGGGCUCUUUGCCAUCUCCCGGUUGAUUUUCUGGAUGUCCUACGCCAUCGGCCGCUCCUUCCGUGCCUUCGGCUUCAGUAUGACCUUCCUGCCCCUCCUGGCCAUGCUGGUCUGGAACCUGUAUGGCAUGUUCGUCCUGGAGCCUGAGAACCUCCUCUCUCUGGCAGCGCCAACACCCGAGGGCCACUCCAAGGAGAGCCGAGCCAAACUCCGGCACUGGGGGUGAGGGAGGCCGGGAGAUGGGGCGCCUGAACCCUAAAAGCUUGAGCUCCCCUUGAUGCCCCGCCUCAAGAGUCCUGGCAGCACAGGACUGGCAGAUCCAGCUGAGUCCCUGCUCCCUGCCUGGACACAGUGAGGUUUUGCUGGGCCCACAGAACCAGGCUGCAAACUCUCUGCUCCAGGAGACUCCUGCUGGGAUGUGAACAAGGCACAGCAAGCCCUGUUCUCUGGGAAUGGGGUGGGAUUUGCUUCCCCUCCUGCUGGAGCCAACUUUGCUCAAUAAAGUCCUUACCAAGCA